AUGGACCUGGACCACGUUGAAGAAAGGAUAAAAAAACUCGAAGAAGAUAUUGCCAAAUUCGAAGAGCAGGAGUUACGCAACAUAGAGAAUAUAAAAAAUGAAAUAAAGGUACUUGACACACAUGUAAGCGAAUUGAACAAAAAAAAAAACAACAAACAAUUGCUAAACGCGAACAAAUACUUUGCACACAAAUUAUUACAAAAAAAGGGAAAUUGCAACAAAAAAAAAAAAUACAUGAAGGAUAUAAAAAGGGAUGUCCUUUUUCAAUUAAAGUUACUGCAGGACGAAAAAAAAGAAAAAAUAAAAAACGACAAUUUGUUGCACAAACGUUUUAACUUCCAACACUUAAAAGAAUUCACCGACCAAGUGAAGCAAAACUUUUUAAUGUUAAACGUGCAGAGAGAGUACUCCAUAAAAUCUAUGUUUGAAGAAAUUAACAAAAUUAAAACCAAAGCCAUUGCAUACUUCAACAAACUUUUAAUCAUACAAAAGGAGAUUCACUUCCUUCUUCAGUCGAUAAAUAACAAUGCCCUGACCGACCUGUACGUCCUGGCCCAAAAUUCCUUGCUCUUCCAGAAGGAGGUGGCCAACAUGUUUCAGCGUUUUUACCACCAGGUGGAAAAUUCCCUCACCGGGCUGUGA